AUGUGGAGAUCCCACGGGGAUGUCAGAAUCGAAUUGCUGUCUGAUGUAACCAAAUCUGACGAGCUUUCUAUCGAUCAUAUGACCUUCCGAGCUCAAUAUCCUUCGGUUAGAGGAGCCAAGGUUGUGACUGAUCCAAAUACUGGACGCUCCAAGGGUUAUGGCUUUGUUAAAUUUGCUGAUGAGAUGGAGCGGAACCGUGCUAUGACUGAAAUGAAUGGUGUGUAUUGCUCAACUAGGCCGAUGCGUAUUAGUGCAGCAACACCGAAGAAGACUGCUGGUUUCCAGCAGCAAUAUGCAACGGCUAAAGGCGAUUUCUUGAAAUUCUUGCUAGAACCAAAUUCAUCUUGCAGAGUGUUUAUUAAUUUGCAUACGACGAUUGGAUUAUUGUGA